AUGUUUGAGUGCUUACUUUUUGAUAUGGAUGAUACAUUGUACCCCUUGAGCUUAGGUAUCAACCUGGCUUGUCGCAGGAAUAUAGAAGAAUUUAUGUUGCACCACUUGCAUAUUGAAGAAAGUGAAGUCCCAAGAAUGUGCUUGGAGUUGUAUAGAGAAUAUGGGACGACAAUGGCUGGUCUUAAGGCACUUGGCUAUGAAUUUGAUAACGACGAGUUUCAUGCUUUUGUCCAUGGACGAUUGCCAUAUGAGUUGCUAAAACCUGAUCCAGUACUGCGCAAUCUCCUACUUUCCAUGCCCCAACAAAAAAUAAUCUUCACUAAUGGUGAUGAAGCACAUGCAGCUCAAGUUUUGAGUAGGUUGGGUUUGGAAGAUUGUUUUCAUGGUGUAAUAUGCUUUGAAACACUUAACCCUCCUAUGGGACUGGGAUCUUUUUCAACCACAGAUGGAAUGGAUGAAGGACAGACUGAGAAUGUUCAAACACAAAUUCUGUGUAAACCUUCUGUACAAGCAAUGGAAGCUGCCAUUGCCCUUACAAAUGUUGAUCCCAAAAAAACACUUUUCUUUGAUGACAGCGUUCGCAACAUUGCCAGUGGAAAAGCUGCUGGACUUCAAACCGUCAUUGUGGGGAGAGAAACUCUGGUGCCAGGAGCAGAUUAUGCUCUAAGUAGCAUCCAUAAUAUUAGAGAAGCACUGCCUGAGAUAUGGGAAGAAGAAGAAGAGCAUUUGGAGCCAAUUAUCCAACCUGCUGCAGUAGAAACUGUAGUCCUAGCAUAG